AUGAGCAAUAUAUCAGUGCAGUCCUUAAAACUGGUAUUUCAACAAUGCUUUGGUCCCAAACGUAUACCGAAAAAGAUUGCCGUUGGGCUAUCAGGUGGUCCUGAUUCCAUGCUACUUAUGUGGCUAUUGCAGAAAUAUAAAACACUCAUGCACUAUGAUGACAUGGAGCUUCAUGCCAUUACAAUAGAUCACAAUUACCGAGUCAAUUCAGCAACUGAGGCUAGAAAGAUUUCCCAAAUAAUGAAGCAAUGGAAUGUAAAUCACAUCAUUGAAAAAUUACAGUAUGAUGUUGACCCCAAAACUAUUGCCAAUUUUGAGGAAGUGGCAAGGACAAAAAGAUAUGAAGCUAUCGGUUCAAUAUGUAGUACCCUUGACAUCUCGACUGUAGUGUUAGGGCAUCAUUGUGAUGAUCAGGUAGAGACGUUUGUUCAGCGACUUCAAGGUAACUCGUCAAUUUUUGGGCUUGCUUGUACGAGACAAGUGUCCAAUAUACCAUUAGCUGUGGAUCUCAACCCUUCCGACCAACCAAAUUUUAAACCAGUGAAAUUGGUGCGGCCACUUUUGGAAUAUGAAAAAGCAACAAUAUUGGCCACCUGCGAUUUAAAUGAUAUCCCCUAUGUGGUUGAUCCAACAAAUAGUGAUACUAAACUAACACGACGGAACUAUUUGAGAAAUUUAUUUGGCAACGUAUUACCACAAAUGAUGGACAAUUUCGAACCCCAGAGAAAGCAAAAACCCAGUGGUGUUGUUCCCAGUGCCAUCACCUUUUUUCAAUACAAAUCGAUUAUAAAAAGUGAAUUAAUAAAAUCGCAACAACAAUGCGCUAAACUUGCGCGGGACUAUGAAUUAAAGGCGCAUAGGCUCUAUCAACUACUAUCACAACAGAAAAAGUUCUCGGAACUACCUGCUUUGGGGUCACUACAAUUGAAACUUACCAAAAAAAGUUUGAGUGGGUACAACAAAAUCAUCACAGGCAGGUUCCUCUAUCAGAGGUUAUACUCCUAUUCAACCUUGAACCAUUACCAUUGGGCAUACGCAAAGUUGGAAAGGAUCCUCCUACCUAAAUUGGAACUGUUCUCCAAGACUUCAAGCACUGAGGUAAUGAGAUUCACAAUUAUGAAUCUAAUCUUUGAGGUGUCGAAUAAUGCCAACUCAAACGAACUUGCAAUCCACAUUUCACGAGCUCCCUUAACUCGAAAUGAGUUACAGGACAGCCCUUUUGAGGUUUUAGUUAACAGCGAUUGGACCCAGUGGUACCUUUUUGACAAAAGAUUUUGGUUACGUUUCAGAUCGCUUGGAAGGGCUGCUAGAUCUGUCACUAUCGGACCAUACCAACAUAAGAUCCAUUCUCUAUUAGUCUGUAAAACUUUGAAGGAGAGCGGCAUAGUAACCAUCAACAAGAAGCUUGAUACAUUGCCGGCUAUAUUUCAGGAUGGGAAAAUUGUUGCUUUUCCAACAUUAAAUAUCCUGGAUGUUCCUAUCCAGAGUGAAUGGGCUUUGAAAGCGAAUAAGUAUGACUUCGUAGAUACCAUCGUUUGA